AUGUUUCCACUCGGACGUGUUGUUUAUAUGCCUUUGUCAACUUCAACGGGUACUACCACUGCAACUACAACAACUCUGCUAGGACCUGUACCCACAGAUUUUUCAUCUCCUCCAACAAUUUCUCUAUAUAAUACAGCACUCUUAAGCAAUCCAUUCAACUUGUGCGCAACUACGAAGUUUGAACACAAUGCACUUCAACAAACAUUGCCGACUUUAUCUCAUGGGUAUAAGAGAAUGCGCGAUGAUCUUCAUGACACGCAACAAUCAGCUUGGCCUAAAAAACGAUCUAAACUAUCACCAGCACAUUCUUCUUCGUUUUCGUCGAAUCAAUCAUCAACAAAUAAUAAUAAUAAUAAUAAUAGCAGUACCAAUAAUGGCGAUAGUUCAUCGCCAUCAUCAAAAAAUGCACUGAUGUUAUUACAUGAACUUAAACCUUCAGUUGAAUAUAAACUUGUUGCACAAACAGGUCCAUCGCAUCGACCAAUAUUUACUAUGGCUGUUGAAGUUAAUGGACAAGUAUUUGAAGGCAUGGCUCAAACAAAAAAAGAAGCAAAACAAGCCGCUGCUGAAAAAGCUCUUCGUUCAUUUUCUGAUUUACCAUUUCAAUUACCUGAUGAUGUAGCUAGCGAAUCUGAAGCAACAACAACAACAACUAAUACUGAUACUGAUGUAACAAAUGAUAAUUCUUCCUUAUUGAUUGAAAAUAAUGAUAGUAUUCAAGGAAGUACACAAAGUCCUAACCUUGUAGAACCACGUGAAAUUCAAAGUGGUUUAAGUCCGCUUUAUCUUCUUAAUCAACUUAAACGUGAUGCACAAUUUGAAGCCAUAACCGAUGAAGCAUCAUCAUCAUCAUCAACAACAAGCGAACAACGCGAAUUUAAAUUUGCUGUUAUUGUUGAUGGUCAACGUUUCAUUGGUACAGGACGUAACAAAAAAAUAGCUAAAACAAGAGCUGCACAAUUGGCAUUAGAAAAGUUAUUUGGUAUGUGUUUUGAUAAAGAAGGUAAGAAAUCAAAUAUGCAUCGAUUGAUUAAUGUCAAAGUAAUAUCAAUCUCUUGUGUUUAA